UGAGUGGAAUCAACAGUUGUUCCAAAGACUUUGUGGUGUUUACACAGCAUCCCGACGAAUUUUAACCGCAUCUGCGUUUUUUUAUUUUUAAUUUUAAAACUUUAUUUUAAUUUCCGUGACAAAAUGAAAUUCGCUGUAGUUGUGUGUGUUUUAUUCGGAAUGUUGGCCUGGAGUGAAGCGGCCAUUGCCACAGCCCGCUUCCAUAAUCCAACAUAUCCUGGUAAAUGUACAAUUGAUUCAAACACGAUUUUAUCGCCUGGUCAAAAGGGUAAAGCCCCCAACAAUCCAUGUGCGGGAGUAACAUGUAUGGAUAAUAGCUAUGUGGAAUUCAGAACAUGUCCCGCUGUGCCCCCACCAAAAGGUUGUAAAUUGCGCGAUUUUGUCAACGUAAAUCGCAGCUACCCCGAAUGUUGCGAACGUACAUAUGAUUGUACCAAACACAUUUAAAUGGACUAAGGAAAUAACUAAUGAAAUUAGCAAAAUAACAAUAAUCAUUAAAAAUAAGCUAAUCUUCUCAAUCUAAAAAUACAACAACAACAAAACAACGAAAAAUACAAGUGGUUGUUGAACCCACAGUUUUGUGCAAUGAAACUAAAACAUGAGGGUGUGUCAUGUCCACAGUCAGUUAAC